CCCAGUGCAAAUAGUCUCCAUAGAAAAUGAAUUUUCUCGUAGGACUUUCCCUUUUGUUCUGUCUUAUUUCAAUCGUUAGAACAGCUAGCAUACAAAGCGGCAACGAUGAAAACCCCGACGUCGAGCAAAUGGAGGGUUCCAGUCUAAAUGAAGUAAUUAUCGAUUUGAUCGAACAAUUCAAAGCGAUUAUGCCAUGCGGUAUUCCUGACCUUGGGGUGCCUACCCUAGUUCCGUUUGAGUUAAACCACACAGCUUUCAAAAUUGAUCAGCCUGGUCUGUUGUUCUUCGACGCAGAGAUCAACGAUCUAUUAAUCGAUGACUUGAAUAACUUUGACAUCGUAAACGUAGAUUUGCAGUUGUUCAAGUUUCAACUAGAGUUCAGUUUCUUUUUCCAUUCCAUCAAAACGACUGGGCAGUAUAAGGCAAAAGGAAAGGCGCUCAAUUUCAUUCCAUUUAACAGAGGGGGUAAAUUUGGCUUCAAUUUCAAUGGCCUAACACUGACUGGAUUGAUCAAGAUUGCAUUGAACGGUGAUAAACUCGCUAUCGAUGAAUUCAAGCUGGGACCAAUCGUAAACUCAGUGGAUUCCAAAUUUGAGCACGUAUUUUUGCUCCCACUCAAUACCCUCAUCUUCAACAAAAUUGUGGAGUCUGUUGUCCCGAAUUUUCUGAGAGAUAAUCAAGAAAAGGUAACUUCGUUUUUGGAGAAUCUCAUCAAGCCCGAAAUCAAUGACCUUCUGGAUGACUACACGCUACAAGAUCUCAUAGGGUUAUUAGAUGGCAGUAAUUCAACCCUUCCAACUACUUGCUAGAUAACUUCUUUAACCAUUAACAAAUACAUUCAUUAGUUGAAAUCAACACGAAAAUAAACUGUGGUGUCAAAUAAUA